UGUCACUUCUGUCUAUGUGAUACGGAUGUGGCAAGGCUGCUUUCACGCAUUUCACCACAAUAUUGUUAUCGUUCUCUGUGUCAUAAAAUGGAAUCUACCACUUUGCUGAAGAUCGCAGGGCUGUUGUUUGGAUUCAUUGGGUUUACAGUGUCUGCUGUUGGCAUGGGAACAGGAAAGUGGAUAGAUAGUAUAUUAGUUGAAAUUGGUCCGUUCUGCUCGAAUACUAUAGGAACAGCUGUUGAAGCCGUGGAGGCAAUGACGUUGAUGGGAGAGAUCAUGGCUGGGUUUGGCUUAUGUCUGGGUUUCGUCACUAUCCUCCCAGGACAGAAUCAGAUAACUGUAGGGCAGACAGUCUUGGGACCGAAGGCCACCGGGGGCUGCUUUACUAUUGCAGGUUUCAUUAUGUACAUCGGCGUUAUCAUCUGGGGCACAAAGGUCUACUCACUUCUCAAGGUGUUUGGUCCACUUGGCUAUUCAUUCUAUCUGUGUUGUGCUGGGGGAAGUAUCCUGUUGGUCGGCGGUCUCCUCUUUUUCCUCUCAGCCCGGGGGUCACAACUGUCUCCCAACCAGACGAGAUUAAUACCCUAAAAGUUUACCUAAAUUUGUUAUCCUACUACCACUUUUUUUUCCAUUGAGACUCAAAAUCCUCCGACAUUCACCCUGACCCGUCUUUUUAAACAAAAACAACUAAUACAAAUCAAAUCAAAGCAAGCCGAAAUAACUUUUAAUCCCAAAGUAAACAGAAAAAAUUUGACCCAAAUGCUACCAAAAAAAAUCGAAACCCCUGUCCCGACUUACUUAAAAAUUUCCUUUUUAAUAGAUUCACCUUUCAUCUCUUCCUCCCCUCGCCAUCCCACGCUAAGCAACAUAAACAUA